AUGUUGGUUCGAGUCGCAGUGCUCGCCUUCGCUCUGUGCGUUGCGCAGGCGCGACACGUCCUCGAUCACGGCGGGUAUGUGGGACCAGGAAAUUCCGAGCUGCCAAACGUUUCAUUGAAAACCAACGAACAUAGCGGUGCUCGACAGGACGGAGGUGGCGAUCACGGAAGACGUAGAGAUGCCAGUCUAGCCACUCUAGAUAACGGCCGAGGAUUCGGACGGAACUCUACACGAACGAAUCCGGAUUCAGACGCACAGUCGACGACGUCGGAUAAAGGUAGCCAAGUUAACCUGAGAUCUAUUAAAACGAAUUUCGUCGACGGAGCGGCCGAAAGAAACAGACAUUUGACAGUUCAUGGAAAACACGGACAGAGAGAAAAUGAAAAAGUAGAUCGUCCCGAUGCCCCAUCGGACGGGCUCAAAUUGGAACGCGACAAUAGGAUUAACACACAGGACUAUGUUAAUGAAUACGAAGCGCACACGCAGAAAACUGUUUCCUUGAAGUCGAACGAACGGACGAACUCGUAUAACGAAAAGGAUGGGACACCGACGAUCAAUAUUAGUGCUUAUCAACCGAAUCCGCAAGCUAGGAAUAUAAAUAAAGCGGUGGAGACCGUCACACCUGUUGUACUAACCGGGACCAAACUGUACACGAACGGCCCCGCGCAGACGGAUCAUCGGUGGAUCUGGAGUUCGGAAACGACGACACCCCUCGGGGACCUCGAAGACCGCGCGGCGUUUUCAGGCGAAGGCUGCCCGACGGGCAAAGCGAAAGUUGCCGGCUCAGACCUCUGUGUCACUAUUCAUAGGUAA